GCAAGAACCAAGGAACCAAGGAACCAGGGCGGACCACCCGAUGAGAUCCGCAGCCUAACCCGCGGCUCCGUUUGUUUAUCCAGAGAGUCUGGACAGAGCAGACAGUAGACUCCAGACUCCGUGGUCGUAUAAUUCCUAAUGGAGUAGAGUCUACUCCUCUCAAUCUGGUCAAGUAAACUCUAGGUCCUCCGUCGAUCUGGGAAGAACUCGCGGAGGUCCCAGCCAUUCGUUUUUUUCUCGGAGGCUGGGCUACUUCACCAAAGGGACCAAACACCUUCGUACUCCGUCUCCGUACUUACCCUGCCUUCGAUCCGGCUGACAACCUUCUGUUUUGCAUUUCUUCUCUCUCUCUUCCAUUCCUCCCUUUCCUAUCCUUGUCUUCCUCCCUGUUUCCUCCGGGUACAUCCCUCGCAUAAUCAUAUCCUCCCCAUUACUCGUUUCUCUUCCUCAUCCCGGGCCCUUUUCAUGUGAGGAGAUCGGCAGAAACGAAGCUCGUUCAACUCCAGCCCGCAUAGCAACCACACUCACCACCUUUCGGUUGCUUUUCCUCUCCUUUCAAUCCCCCUUCUUUGCUCCCACGCGGUGGUGACUUGCGCUGUCUACCGGGGUCCAUCGUCUCGAUAGGACUAUGCGAUUGUCGGGCUGAGGACCAGGGAAACAAAAAACAAACGGGCGCAGAUCAUAUAGAGAAAGAGAGACAGGCCCAACACAGCUUGCCCGGCGCCCUCCCCUUCUUCAGCCUGCCCUCCUUCAACCAUGGGGGUCGACACCCGCAGACCCAUCCUUCCCGCUCCCACAGAAUCCCUCGUCGAUACGGGCGGCAGCACUACGGGCACAGAUCUGGCAACUGACCUUUCUCGCCGUACAGACAAGACGUCGUACUCAAUCCCGGACGACGGGAGCCCCAUCACUGUCUCCACCCGGCGCCAUCGGGACCGGGACGACAAACUGUCGCGAUCACACCGAGAUUCGCAAACCUCCCUGCUCAUCGAAUAUUUCGAAGGCGGGAAGGAAACUGGUGGCGUCGUCUCUAGACCUAGUGUGCGCGUUCGAGUCACCCCGUCCGGAACCCGCAAGUUCAAGGAUAAGGACCGUAUCCAGAUCACCGAGUCGAGCAGUCGCAAGCCCUCAUACACCCGGCGCAUUUCUCUGACCUCGCCCGGCUCCAAGUCCAAGCAAGUCUCCGAGUCGGUCUUGGAUGAGCACAGUUUCAGCGAAAGCAACUCGGCUGACGAGGAGAGUCCAACUGCAUCGAGACGCCCACCCGUUGAAAUUGAAUUGCUAAAUCGUGACCGCGGGAGUGAGCUUUCAACGGUCUCGCGCGAUACCAGAUUCGUGCUCCCAUCUUCCGACAUCUCGUCUAUGCCCGCCGACAGUAUGCUCGACGCUACUUCCUCGGCCGGUCCCCGGCGUAAGCGCAGUCAAAGUCUCGAGCGUGGCUCCAGUCGCAAUGACAAUGAUCUAUUGAAGACGCCGUCCCGACAGCGCAGUCGCAGCCUGAGCAAGGAGCGCUUUGCCCAUCGGGUGGCAGAGAAACUGAGUGGGCCGCAAGAGGUGUCUAGCGGCAAACAUCGACACAAGCACAGGAGCAAGAGCUCCCGCAAGGAUUAUCUGGAGGCUGAGCCCAAAUUAUCCCGUCGGAAGCACCACGAGGACGAUAUCAUCCCUAGUCCCGAAUCCAGUUUGCUGAGUACCUCCGCCGUCUCAUCCAAUCGCAAGUCUGGCGAUCAAUAUUCCAUUCGAUCCGGUGCCUCCAAAUCCUCGAUCAACAACCCGAAACUGUUGGAGACGGUAGAAGAUGCCAUUCGACGAUUGAUUCUGCCCGAACUCAAAGAGCUCAAGAAAGACCAAAAGGUCAUGAACAACACAAACAAGUUUGAGCGAGACCGAGAGCGCGACAUGAUGACGAACUACUCAUCGACUAGCUCUCGAGAUGAGCUGGGUCGACGAUUGUCCAAGCACUCGAGUGCACCCGACAUUAUCAAGCCCAGAGUUGUCUUGAACAAGGACAGCAAGGAUGAGGGCAUUGUCUUGGCUGAGUCGGGUCCGCGAUCCAGGGACAUUCCCAAGACACGCAAAUCCAGCAAGAGCAGCGAGACUUCCGACAAUGCCUGGGUGAAGUGGGGUCGACCGGAGCUCACUGAGCAGGACAAGCUCCGCCGACAGAAGAGCAAAGGUCUUCGAGAUGCCCAGGCAGCCGGACGUGUAGGCUCCGCUCUGACAGCGGCGUCUCUCAAACAUCACGACUCCCAGUCUAGCCUUGGCCAAUCGGAGCGAAGGGACAGCGGCUCUCGCAAGAGCGUUGAGAAUUUCAACGUCAAUGAAACCGAACUGGUUUUCCAGAAGCACAACGUCCCCCGCAUGCCCAUGCACAGCGAGAUUGAUUCUGAGCUGACCAGGGCCUCCCUGCUGUCUGACCGCACUGAGAGUCCCGGCCCGAACCAGAAUAUCUUCCAUGGUGAGGUGCUUCACGGGUCUCCACGACAACUUGGUUCCCCGGCCUCGCGGACGCCCACGCGAACUCCUUUGGGUGCAGGACAUGAACUUGGAAUGCGCCAUGGCAAUCAGUCCCAACGUGAUCUCUCGGUCCACAGCGCCUCCGACCGCGACCUGCGUGCCAAGAGUCAGUCACCUGGCACCGAUCAUGGAGAUUGGGCUAUUGCCGCUGCUGCCGCCGCCAACCUGCUUGAUGCUGCCCACCCUGUCCAUGAGGAUCGGUAUGAGGCUGGCCGAACUUUGAGCCCUAUCCAGAGCGUGGCGAGCGAUCAAACCGAGACUCACGGCCAGCAUCAAGCUCGGCACCAGCUCGAAGUCGAACAUGAGAUGGAACCGCGCCUCUCGAUUGAUUCUUUGUCUUCUGCGCCAAGCACUGAUCUCGCCCGAUCUACGCGAAACGGCGUCAGCCCCCACAGCCAGCAAGGUGAAUACCAGCAUGGCCGCGAUGGCCCAGAGCUUGGGUAUGAGCAGUCGCGGCACGCUUCUGAGGAAGAUCUAUACGGACACGAUGAGGAAUCCCGACGCUCGCUGGGAUAUGAUGACAGCGAAGUCGAUUUCCUGGACAGGGUCAAGGAGGGCCAGCAUGUGGCAGAGGGCGCCGCUGCCAAUCCCCAGAUCGUUCACCCCGUAGGUGUCGAGUCUGCUGUCGCUUCCUUGAUGGAUCCCUCCGUUCUUGAGUCCCAUUCGUCAGGCCAUUCUGGCAAUCGCUCUCAGACCGAAUUCGAGCGUGCAGGUAGCCGAAGCCCCGAGAAGCGUGGCAGCCCCUUGAAGCAAGUUCAAGAGGCGCCUAGUCUCGAUGAGACCUCUUUCCCUCGACGGAUGGGUGUCACAUCGCCGCCUCAGAGUGUAGCUCAGUCCAUCGAAGAGCUCGAGGAAGCUGGCAUGGCCGCCGCCGCUGCACGGGGCCUCAACGGUUCCCUCGCUAAUGCCGAGGAGCGCAGUCAAGAUUCCGAGUCGGAAAUCAACACCAACCCUUCUAUCAUUCAAGGUCCCAUUGGUGGCGUCGCGCCAGUGGAUCAGGGUCACUGGGGUGCCGCGCCGGUCUCUUACUACGACUCCCCGGCUGCUCAGGCCGGUGGUGCGAAAGAUCUUGCCCAAGGCGAGCACAGCUUCGAUGCCGAGUACCACGAGACUGCCCGAAAUAUCUUUGGUGGGGAUGACUACUACGUUGGGCAGCAUGACGACCAGCUCUUUGGUACGCCUCCUGGCGCCAAGGAUGAAGGCUACGUCUCGGCUGCAAACCCCAUGUCCCCCAGCAUUGGCACUCCCAAGCAAGCGAGCCGCAGCCUGGGUGCCGAUGCUGCUGGCGUCGGUGCGUUUGAUAGCCCUGCCGAGGCAGAUGAUCCAUUCGCUACAAAUCAUCAGCGCCACUUUAGCGGAUACUCUCAUGGUGUUGCGUCACCGCUAUAUGACAGCGCUACUGGGCGUGGAAUUGAGAGAAUUCAGUCCAAGGAUAUCGUCGCCCUAAUGGAUCAUCUCACGGUGCGCGAUGCUCAACGCAACGCCAGAGAUACCGAGAUCCUGGUCACUUUGGUCCGAAGCGCUGCUGAAAUGCGCACCUCGUUUGAAGAGAUGAAGAAAUUCAUCGCUCAGCAGGAUGAAAUGCUUCAAGAUUCCAGUGACAAGCAGCACAACCAAACUCUCAGGGCCCUUGGUGGACCCCGACCUUUGCCUCCCAGUGGCUCUCGGAGCCGCCAGUUGAACCUGGAGGAGGAGGAAGAUCUCCAGUCCAAGCGGAAGAACAUCUUUAAGCGUGCUCUGAAGGGUCUCAGUCUAAAGUCUGGCAAUGACCUUGCCAAGAUUGAGGGUAUGCUGGAGCAGUUGCUGGACGAGGUUGAGGCCCUGCGUGAAGGACAAGGCUUUACUAGUCCUCGCAACGGUACUCGGGGAGCCAGCGUUGACCUGAACGACCGUGAUGCGAAUGAUUCAAAUGGCGCUGGGUUGGGUAGCCGGUCUCCCUAUUUGGGUAGCCCUCGACCUGCCACUGCGGAGAAGCAUGUCGACACUGUCCCUGAAGAGGAUGACGAAGACUUGGAGAUCGAUGAAGAUGAUCCUUAUGUGACUGCCCAUCUUCCUGUUCAAGAGCCUGCUCGCCAUGAGAGAGCUGGAUCCAUGCCUGUUGCUACACCUCCUCGCAAACCCGUAGCCUCGGGAGCUCGUAGCUCCGAGACGACACCGAAAAACUCCGCCGACAGGGCCCGCAAGCACAAGUCAAGCAGCUCGUCAAUCUUCCCCAAAUUCUCACGCUGGUCCAAGACGACUGCCUCCUCGAUGGGCGACAACAUCCGCAACAGCAUCCAACCCAACCGCAAGGAGCGCCCUUACUCUGAAGUGUCCCGUUCUGGUUCAGACCUAGCCCAGGACACAUACAAGACGGGCGACUACUAUGACCCCGAGGGCGACGACCGUAUCCGGUCUACCUACACCCUUGACCAAGGGCAAGAGGAGAACCGACCCCCAUCCCCGCUGGUUCCCUCUCAGGUUUCUGAAGCGCCCAAGUAUCGCGCCCAUCGCGGUAGUCUGGAUCUUCAGCACCCUCAGCCUCGCCAGGGCCCCACCGGCCGGUAUCAAAACCAGCUCGAAAGUCAGGCGCAGAGCUACACCACUCCCACCUCUCCCAACUCCGAACAAUGGGGUUCCAACCCUAGCCUUCCACCCGUGAACCCCAACCAAAAUCGCUUCAGUGCAGGAAGCCGUCUCUCUCCUAUCUCUGAUGCGGGCUACUCAGAGACGAGCUCCCGCACUCCAGGUCCGCCUCGCCCUCCCAAGGUCAAGGAUAACGGACCUCUCAUCCCCGAGCGGCCGCCCAAGGUUCCCGAGGAAGAGAGCGAGACGGUAGCACAAAACUACAGCGGCGAUCGCGUUGCUUCAAGGAGCUCUGCCAUACGCUCUCCACCAACCCGCAAACCAACGGGACCCCGACCUCUCACGUCCGGCGGUGCCUACAGCCCUAGCAACAUCAAGCGUACGCGCUACCGCGGCAGUCCGAUGCAGAUCGACUAUGACGAUAAUUAUUGAGACGUUAUGACCGCAUUGUGAUACCCCAGGGCUUGUAUUUGUGUCUAGCGAGUGUUUUUUUUUUUCUCUUUCCACCCUUGUCUCGUGAUGUUUCUUUAGUUUUUUUCUUGUUUCUCAUGUGAUGACUGCUGCUGUUUCCGGCGUCAUCUCUCACGACUACACCAUUUACGACAGUGAUGACCGCGCUUUGAAUUUGGAUUCGAAAAAAACUUGAAUCACAUAACAUCUUAUCUGCCUUUGUUCUAUUUGAAUCAUCCCCAUCCCGUCUAUGAGCGAUCGUGACCAAAAUCAUCUUUAUUCCUGUGCAUUCCGCCAUUCCCGUUUCUCCCGUGUUAAUAGCCUUUCCGAUCGAUCAUGAUGAGGCAGCUACCCAGCCAAAUGCUUUGAUUUCUUGUACCCUGUUCGGUUUAUGUGCCCUGCCCGUGACUUUUCCUUCCUUGUUGCGUAUUGCAUUCCCGAGGCCAGGGCUGGUCUCUGGGACUUGGUUGUAGAUAGCGUGGACAUAGUCUUUUCGUUGGUGCAAUCUUACUCCAUACUCGGGCCCGUUCUUGGGGUAAACGAGGGAUACA